UUUUUUUUUUCUUUCUUUUUAUUUCCUACUUCUCACCUUCCUCCUUAUUUUACAUCAUUGGAGACAGAUACAAAGUUUAUUCUCACGCAGCGUCGGUUGUAUUCUCCCCCCGGAGGAUUAUCGGGGUAAGUAGGCAAAAAUUUUGAUACGUUUCUACAAAGCAAUCAGAGAAAAUUGUCGUAACGGAUUUUCAUACGGCCAAUUUAUAACGUUUCUAAUGUCGAGGAAGAAUUUUUAUUACCCUUUCGUGUCAAUUAUAUUAGAGUACAGACGGAUACAACGCGCUCGCGUGUAAAGGACCUCUUCAUCCUAUCAGUUUAAUGGACACUUAGCAAUAAUUAUCACUCUGAUACCGGAUCCCGCGUCACGUAUGUACGCAAGGUAUUCCUAGUCUCAGGGCAUCCAAGGGUCGCCCAAACUGGCUCCUCACGCGUAGUGAAUUAGAGGGAAAAAAAAAAAAAGAGAACAAAUUAAUAACGUGGCGAAUUUCACCAGAAAUUCGGGUCAUCGCGUACGCGUGGAUUGUCGAAAAUCACCGUCCCGAGUACAACAGCCGGCGUUUUUUAUACUUUAAUUCAGUCACGAAACAAUCGGACAACCUGAAACAGUUCUACGAAAUUCCCACGGGAAUAUCCGGAGGUCCCGAAGGCGUCGGAUCUAACGCUUCUCUUCCUCCUGUUCCAGUCCGAAUGAAAAUUCUACCGCCGUGGAAUGUCAGCGAUGCGCGCGCGAGGAUCUGCGGACGCAGCGUUCGUUCGAGGUCGAUAAAACGGGAAAAACACAUUCUGUAUAAUAUACUGCAAUUCUUCGGCAUCGUCCGCCUAUCGCACCGAAAGACGCGGAGUAGAUCGUAGAAUGGGAUGCGCGUACCUUAGAAACAUUCCGCACACAUAAGGUUCCAGGGAAAACGGUAUGAAUUUGACCGUGGAUCCGAUCGACCUCCGCUCUCCGAGGAGACAACACUAUUCCUACCGCUAGAUUUCCUCCGGAGUGCCGCCUACCGUGGAUAUCUUAUGACCAUAGUCACCCGUUGGCCGCCAGCGACGCGAGGACAAAAUUAUUCCCAGGCUCGGGGAUCGGAGUCCGUAUUUCUGAGGCGCGCGGGUACGACGCGGUCGUUGAAAAGUCGCGGGACCUUUGACCCAGAAAAAUCGACGAUCCGAUACCGCCGUUUGUUUUAUAACUCGAUGACGAGCCGCUCUCACCGAAUCUAUAACGCUCUAGUUUUCCGAUUCGGAACCGCCGACGCUCAGCCGAUGCCGAUAUGUGUGUCGAACUUGAUUCGCAUGGUUGAAACGGAAAAGACGCAAACGACGUUACACGGACUUACGACUGCGCGGAGGAUACAUCAGCCUCUGUAACAGACCAGCUGGAACGAGGCUACUGAAACUGCAUCUCUAAUGGAUUCAAUUUACCUGAUUCCCUAAUGUACUCCGUCAAUUUUCGCGGGAUAUUACAUACCUCCGUGCCAUUUCAGAGAUCCAUUCAGGUUUCCUUGGAACUCCGGUCCGGUAACUGCGCCGUACGAGAAAUAAUUACUCGAGCGAGGAACGUGCGGUUAGGUGGGAAGUUGAACGCGUAUCCAUUAUGGCACUCAUCUCAUCUGCAUUCUUCCGUUCAGUCGUUUGCGAGGCCUCAGACCUUAGAAGAUAGAGCCGGAGGGAAGAUAAAUCUGAUCGAAUCUGCGGGGUGGUAAAAUGAACUGGCGAGGCGUAGUUAUAUUUCUGGUAUUCAUCUGGGUAAAAGCAGAGGCUUCGAACACCACGGCGAAGUCUAGUUGGACGGUGGUUUUGAAAGUAUUCGAAAACUGCGCGGACAGAAACGAUUCGUUGAACUGCUUGCAGCGGAAAAUUUUGAAUUUCGCCAACCGCAUAUCGGAGUCGAAGAGCUUGGAGAUAUCCGACGGUAUAAAAUUCGUGAGGGACGCGGGAGGGGACGCCGGAAGGGGCAUGAGCGAGUCCAAGUCGAACGGCAAGGUAACGACAUUGAGCGAUCAGAUAUGGAACGAGGUGGUGACGUUCUUCAAAACGCACAGUGUCGAGGUGAACAUACCGAAACUGUUGGAUAUCGACAACGAAGGCCGAGGGAAGAAGAACAAAGGAUACGGCGGAAUAAUCCUCCUGGCCGGCGCAAUGAAGGGCGCGAUGAUCUACAUGGGGAUGCACGCGAUCGCGGCCCUCGCCGGCAAGGCUUUGAUAGUGGCUAAAAUCGCGCUCACUAUAGCCUCGGUGAUCGCGCUCAAAAAAUUACUGGAGGGCAGCGGCGGAAAGACGUCCUACGAGAUCGUGAAGCAUCCUCAGCACACUUACGUGCAAACGCACAGCUCCAGUCACGAAUACGGCGGUGGGGGUCACACGGGUCACGGAGGGAGCGGGUACGAAGGUCAUUACCGAAAACGCAGCAUAGCGAAGACGAAGAUCAACGAAAAACUGGAACCCGAUACAUUCCUGGGGGCCAUAGAGGAAACGGCCUACCCCUGGAAAUUCGAACCACCGAAGGAUCGGCCGAUCACCGAUUACGCUCCCGAUGGCGGGGACGAAUUUUAUUCGUUCCAACCGUCGAACGGUCAGAAUCAGGCUGAAGCAGCGGAUAUAAAUCGUAAACGCCAUAAUCUGUUCGACUUGAACUCAGGAGGGAAAAGAGACGAUCGACUCGCGGAACUGCACGGCGAAAAUCAGCAAAUCAUCAAGUCGGGUAUCGAUAAAGAAUUUUCACCGUUGCAGAGACAGAAGAGAUCGCUACAUUUUACGAAAUUCGUCCAAGGAUAGACGGAAUAUAUUUUUUUCGAUUAUCUCAGCACCGGUGUUAUGUCCUCCGGUACGAAGAUUUUGCCGAUAACGAUUGUUAAUUCGAUAUAAUAAACGAACUUUAAUGAUAAUUGUUGGAGAACAAAGAAAAUAAACGAUGAUAAAAUUUCAUUUCGAACAUUACAGGGGGACAUUAAUGUCCCCGAAUCGUAAAAACAAUGAUUCGUCCAAGUGACUUACUCUGG